GGAACAACGUUUUCUUGUUAUGAUUAUCAUGACCAUGAAAUCUGCCAAGCUCAUUUGAGGCUCACUUGAAUUGCACUAUCUCGCCUGAGCUGGAUCUGUUUAUAAGUGGACGGUAACUAUCAUUUCGUGUUAUUGGUUGCUACUGCUUGUUUGCAUUGAUACCCAUUUGCUUAUUUAUUCUUUUACUCUGGAGGCGGCUAUUCUACGAUUGGACUGGGGAAGCACAGUGAAAAUGGCAGAAAGCGAACCGUCAUACAUAGACUAUGAAGUCUUCCUAGACCCAGGCUUUUCACCAGCUUCCUUUGCCAACUCCCUGGUCGUAGCUACCAACAAUGCCACGGAUAGCCCACUGGAUCUCUCAACCCCAUUGUCACGGGUUCUCUUCGACCUCCAGGAGAUCGACACACACAUUCACACACUGACCAGCAAGUCCGCUUUGCCCCUCCUGUCACAUACGCGCGACCAAACAGCGGCUGCUGGCAAGAUCCUCCAGCAAUCGGAAGAGCAGAUCGCUGCAGUGACGCAGGGGUAUGAGCGGCUGGAACGGGAGGUGCUGCGAAAGUGGGAGACGGCUGACGAGGCACGGUUAGCGGCAGAAAAAUCAUUGGCAACGGUGCGGCUAACAAGAACGGUUGGACGGUGCUUGAACCUGGGAAGACAACUGGAGAGCCAAUUGGCGGAAAUGAAUGGACGUGGAAGCACUACUGCUACGACUACUAGUGGUGAGGCAUCUGGGCGAGAGGACUUUCGCGCUCUGGAACGCGCGGCAUACACGAUUUUGAACAUGCGACGGAUGUUUUUGGCGACUGCAGAGGGGGAGGAGGGUCAUGGGCUGGACCGGGUGAAGGUCGUGCGCACAUUGCGGAGUGAUCUGCUGAACCCGGCGGAGAGUUUGGUUAAAUCCCGCGCACAGCAGGCCAUCAAUCGAUUCUCCAUGUCGUCUAUCUCGAUAGGAUCGCAAGCGCCGUCAGGAUAUAAGCAGUCACGGGAUACGCGAGCACGGUUGACGUCCGCAGUUACGACUCUGUAUGUACUAUCUCCCAUGCCGAAGACUAUGAUUCCGGCGGCCGAGUAUCGACCGGAAUUGCUCCAAUCGACGCUCCAUGGCUACAUGCAUACGGCCAUCGGGACCUCUUUGACAGCACUGUCCCGGGCAUUUACCGUGCUCCCUACUUUGGAGCGCACGCUCUCAGAUCUUUCUGCACGCUGCCAGGAUAUUGUAGCACUCGAAUACAUUCUUGGCAAUACCAAACUACCAUCUCAUCCAAUGCUGCUGUCGAGCUUGGAGAGGGAGACGAUCGAGACGCAAGCGCCCAGGAAACCUACCAACCUUCUGCAACUGGUGCUAACCUCACUGGACACGCCAUCACUGCCAUCGUACUUUUGGCGGUCGCUGGCCUCGUCGCUGGCGGGGCGGGUGCAAGAAAUACUGCAACGCGGGGGCGUCUCGGCGCGGACGCUGCGGUCGAACCGUGAGCGACUGCGGGGUGAUAUUAAGGAUUGUGUGCUGCGGGGAUCACUGCUUCCAACAGCAUCAGGCAUGGUAGAUAAGGGACGAGGGGAGGAGGGGUUAACAGUUGGGAAUUGGGAACGGGAGGCGGCGGUGAUGAUCAGUUCGGUGGCGGGAGCAUUAUAAAUGUUACUCUGUAUGUAUCUUCUCUUAUUAUGUGUUACAGGGAUUGCUUUGAUAGUGUGUAAUCUAUACUAACGCACGGAUCCAGGGGCAUCCUAGGAUCAGGUACUACAGCCUCAUCACUAUCUUGCUACGAGACGUGAUACAUGAAUAUACUCGAAACGGCUAUUGCCGGGACUAUUUACAGGUACAGAGUACUUGUAAGCUAUGCUCUAUGGCAGUCCACAUAGAAUAGGAGAAGGCAAAAACCCCCGCCACUUGCGGAAAUGGUUGACGAUUAGAGUCAUCGAAGACGUCAGCAUCCGGAGUUCUUUAUGGUACCUGCGUGGAACUUCGGAUAUGACGGGUUUUUCUCUCUCUGGGGUAGGGCGUUCCGUGGUACUGCCUAGUCAGUUCCUGUGUCUAGUCACCAGAUGAGUAGUGUCUGGAUUCCCUCCAUGUUAAUAAUGCUAUGCUAUGGUGAGAUGUUAGCGGCGAUACGACUCCGCAUUAAGUCCG